AUGGAUUUGAAUUCCAUUGCUUAUGUGGAAUCAGUUAAUUCCAACCUUAUAUGUUGUAUUUGUCAGACACCUUUCGUUGAGCCUGUAGUCAUAGAUAGCUGCGGUCACACAUUUUGCAAGGAUUGUAUUACUCGAUCAUUGUCAACUAGAUCUACCUGUCCGGUUGAUCGAUCUCAUAUUUCCAACGUUAAUGAACUUAAACCUGCUGCAAAAAUAAUUUUGAAUAUGGUUAAUGAAUUAUUAGUUUAUUGUCCUAAUAAAAAUGAUGGAUGUCUUUAUCAAGGACAACGUCAAUUAUUAAAUUUUCAUUUACAAGAAGAGUGUUUAUUCACUAAAUUAGAAUGUCGUAAUGAAGAAUGUAGAGAAAUGAUUUUAAAAAAGGAUUUAUCAAAACAUAUGGAAAAUUGUAUAGCUAGAAUGGUUAAAUGUGAAAGUUGUAAAGAAAUAGUUUCAUUAUCUACUUUAGAGGGACAUAAAAUUACUUGUCCUGUCAACAAUAUAGAAUGUCCUUAUUGUCAUACGACACGUAUUCAGCCAGAACAUACUUUACACCUUGAAGAAUGUCCAGACAAAUAUGUCACUUGUCGUCAUGCGGAAUUUGGCUGUGUUUGGGAAGGUCGUCAACAUGAUCUAUCAGUUCACAUUGGUUCUUGCAGUUAUGAACCAUUGAAAGAGUUUUUCAAGAUGUAUAAGCAACGUAAUUAUGCUCUUGAACAGGAAAAUCAGCAAUUAAAAACAAAAUUUCAAGAUCUUCGCAAUACAGUGGAUUUUUUAGAAGGUCAAGUCUCGGCUAUUUCUGAUUGGUUAUCAACCUUUAUGGAUCCAAAGGGAUUGGUAUCAAAUGCUGAAGGAGAGCCUUCAAUCUCAACAAUUCACGAAUUACUUUUAUCAGACAAUGAUCGUAUGAAAAAUGAAAUCGAAAAUUUAAGUGCUAGUUUAACAGAUUUAGA